AACACGGGGGACAUGGGAUGAGUGAUGUAGUUAUGUGCUUAUGUUUGGUUCCAUAGUUUAUUUAUUGUUUAUUACGUCUCUGCCUUCCGUUCCUAAAUAAGCUUUCCAUUUCAGAUUAGGGGGCGGUUCCCAUGACAUUGCCCGACAAUGUCAUGGGAUGACCCGGGUGCGCUCUGGAGUCUUGUUCGUAAAAUUGAAGGUUCUUACCCCCUCUAACCCCUUGCCUUGAAUUACACUCGUAUCAUUGGAUUCGUUUGCUUCUUCUGCAAGCAUAUGAACAUAUAUAUGGGGUUACCAAGAUUUAUGCGUCCAAAGGGGGGUUGUAAUGAAUCAAGUCCCAAUCUUUAUGUGGCUAAUUGCGGGCCAGCUAUUGGGCUUUCAUUGGAUGCUAUUGAGUCAGUGUUUAGCACAUAUGGUGAUGUCAGGGGAGUUUAUCCAGCUGAUGAAAGUGGCACUCGUGUCAUCGUAUCUUAUCAUGAAGAGAGUUCUGCACAAUCAGCACUCGAAGCAUUGGAUGGACACUCAUGCCCUCAACUUGGAGGACGUUUUCUUCAUAUUCGCUACUCUGUACAAUCAGUUUCUAAGAUUGAAGUCAAUGACACAUUUUCUGUGUCUUUAGAAGCUUCUGAGUUGAAAAUUCCUGGUGUUUAUUUCAUUCAUGAAUUCAUUACUGCUACAGAAGAGCAGGAACUCCUCGCAGCUAUAGAUAGCAGACCUUGGCAGAAUCUCGCGAAAAGAAGAGUUCAACAUUAUGGUUAUGAGUUUCGUUAUGAUAAAUCCGAAGAAAACAUCUGUUGUCGAUUUCAUGUCAGAUAAGAAAUGUUAACACAAGCCAAUACUUGGGUGAACUUCCACGAUUUGUUUCUCCAAUACUUGAAAGAAUAUCCUCCUUUCAAAAGCUGGGUUAUACCGGAAGUGCUGUCUUGGACCAGUUAACGGUUAACGAAUACCCACCUGGUGUGGGUUUGUCUCCACAUAUAGAUACACAUUCUGCAUUUGAGGGAAUGAUUUUCAGUCUUUCAUUAGCAGGGCCUUGUGUAAUGGAGUUCAGAAAGUAUCCAACAGGUAAUUGGUUGAAAAGCUAUGAAGGUGUAUCUGAUGGAGAGGUGCAAGACUGUAACAAGACAUCCUCUAAUUUUUUAAGGAGAGCUAUUUAUCUCCCCCCGCGGUCAAUGUUACUACUAUCUGGGGAGGCACGCUAUGCUUGGCAUCAUUAUAUUCCACACCACAAGGUAAUCUUCCUUCAAACUUUGAUAGUGUUGCAUAUUCAUAGUAACAAAUUCACACGACUAUGUUCCACACUGCUUAGAAUUUUCACUUUCCACAUCCGCCUUUUCAUGGUUUGAUUUUAAUUUGGAAGGAGGUGAUUAGAUAGGACUUAGGAUUUCUUGCCCUUACUGAGGAUAU